AUGGACUCAACAUACACCAUGGGACCUUCAGUGCAACAGUCAUACGCAUACUAUCCAGACUCACAACAAAGAGGUCAUUACCAGUCGGAAAUGCCAUACUACGGACAGAUGCAGUAUGGAACGCCAGAGCAACCGCUGUACUCGCCUCAGCCAAUGAUGAACAUGCACCAGAUGGCUACAACCAAUGCAUUCCGGGGAGCAACUAUGAGCUUGACGCCCAUUGCCUCUCCCCAACCGUCGCAAAUGAAGCCAACAAUCAUUGUGCAGCAGGGUUCUCCCGCUUUGAUGCCCUUGGAUACUCGUUUCCUCAGCCAUGAAAUGUAUUCGUUCCCUUCGACUCCUCCACUGUCGGCUUCUGGAAGCUCCAUCAGCAGCCCCCCAUCUGCCCAUGGCGCACUACCAACCCCCAUUACCGACACGUUCUUUGGAUUUGACCAGGUGGAGGGUGUCAAGGAAGGAUGCGAGACCGAAGUUCACCAGGAACUCCUGGCCAACCCGGAAUGGGGUCGUUCUGCCUCGCCUCCAAUGACGCCUGUCUUCAUUCACCCUCCUUCUCUCAUCCACAGCCACUCGGACCUUCUGUCUGCCACUUCUUGCCCCUCGCUUUCCCCUUCUCCCUCUCCUGUCCCGACCGAUAUUCUUGCCUCCCAGACUCUUGGGUCUGGUCCCUCUUUCUGCGAUCCUCGCCAGCUCACCGUUGAACCAUCGAUCAACGCUCCCGCUCAUGAUCUUCCUCCCCUACCGACUCUUUCAUGUGAGGAGGAGGAGCCUCGUGCCGUUGUUGGCAGUGCGUCUGUGACGCUUCCUGUCAACGAGAACCCCUCUCCCUCUUUCAGUGCCUCGACCCAAGAUCCUCUGAGCUCGCUGCCCACAUUCGACAGCUUUUCAGACCUCGACUCGGACGAUGAGCUGAACCGCCUGGUGGAGUUCCACCCUGCCACCAAUGCCGUGUACAUGAACGACAAGCGUCAGCGCCUCAAUGCUUACCCCGUAGAGGAUGACGGAUUCCUCAGCGAGCACAGCCUCGAGGACACCGACGACUCUGAGACUUUCAUGCACAACGGUCUCCCUUCCUUUGCGUGGACCCAAGCUCACACUCACACCGAUUGUGAGGAGGACGUCAGCGAGGAGCCCAAGACUAAGAAGCGCAGCAACCGUAAGACCCGCAAGCACGCCGAAGAGGAGGCCGAAGCCAAGGCGCAGGACGCCUGCGAGUCCUCCGGUGACUGCUGCUCCGACGACGGCUCAAUUGACGACUCAUCCGAGUCCGCUCCUGUGUCUGUCAAUCGCCGCGGCCGCAAGCAGUCUUUGACGGAAGAUCCUUCCAAGACCUUCGUCUGCACUCUUUGCUCGCGUCGCUUCCGUCGCCAGGAACAUCUCAAGCGCCACUACCGCUCUCUCCACACCCAAGACAAGCCCUUCGAGUGCAACGAGUGCGGCAAGAAGUUCUCCCGCAGUGACAAUCUCGCCCAGCACGCCCGCACCCAUGGCGGUGGCUCCAUCGUCAUGGGCGUUUUGGACACAAGUGACACCAGCUCAGUAUCGUACGAUGACCAACAUGAUGCUGGUGCCUUAGGCCAAGUCAUGUACGAGACCGCUCAGGCCGAUGUCACCAGUGCCCCCUCUGUGGACCGCCGCGCGGCCAAGAAGCGCAAGCGUGACCUGUAA